UUGGUCGGACUCCCUUCCGCUCGCUCUCCUCUCUCCUCUCUGCCUCCAGGGACGCCCUCGUUGCCUCCGGCUUCUUCUCCGUCAGCGCCCGAGCCCUUCGAAGGCGCUCCCCGCAGGAUCGCUCCGCCGAGCUCGCUCCUCACCAUCGUGCUGCUGCCCUUAUUCCUCGCUUAACUAGUUGUUACAUUCUUCAGGUUGUUACAGAGAGAAAGAGAAAUGGCGUUGUCGUCAUGGACGCAGUGGCUCAUCAACCCCCGCCGCAACUGGCUCGCGCGCCAGCACAUGAAGGCCGUCUCCAAACGCCUCAGGAACUACGGGCUUCGGUACGAUGAUCUGUACGAUCCGUACUACGAUCUAGAUAUUAAGGAGGCCCUCGCGCGGCUCCCGCGGGAGGUGGUGGACGCACGGAACCAGCGGCUCAAGCGCGCCAUGGAUCUCUCCAUGAAGCACGAGUACUUGCCCGAGGAUCUCCAGGCACUGCAGACACCAUUCAGAGGCUAUCUUGGUGAUAUGUUGGCUCUGGUGAAGAAGGAGAGGGCCGAGCGAGAGGCAUUGGGGGCUCUGCCUCUCUACCAGCGGACCAUUCCUUGAAGUGUCUCUGUGAUGUGCUUUCUUUGUUUCUGAAUUCUAGUAAAGAUGAAAUAAGAUGCAGUGAAUAAUGCUGGAACAUGUGUCUCAUCUGAACUAUUAUUUUGAUGAUUUCCUUCUUGUCUCUCGUAAAUCAUCAGUCUAUCUGCAUUCCUUGAAUUUCUGUAGACCUCUAUGACGCAGCAUGUAUAUAUCUGUUCAUUAUUCUUGCAAGACUCUACUAAGUGGAGACUUUAAAGGAUCUUUUUGGAGCUACCCAUGAUAACACCUAUAUUUUUGCUUUUA